AUGUCAGAGGAAGCACCUCGUAAGCGGUCGCGCUUCGAUCAAACUGAACCUGAACCACGAAAGAAUUCUCGAUUUGAUCGCAGAUCGCGUUCACCUGUCGCAAGAGACCGAGACUCAGAGUCGCGUAGAAGUCGCAGCCCACUAGCAAAGUCGGCUCGGAGUCCAUCAGCAGAGGAAAAAUCCAAGCCAAAGACACCAGUUGAUCCAGCUGCAGCUGCAGCUGCCGCAGCAGCUAGAAUUAAUGCGCAAAUCGAAGCUCGAAGGGGUAUACAACAUGUCGAUGUUCCACCAAUUCAAUCCGCAGACAGCCAUGCCCCUGCCGAAACACCAAAGCCUGCUGCCGCCUCUAGUGGUAAUAGCGUGAGCAAGGUAGAUGGCGACAUCUACAUUGCUGAUGGCGAUUACAUCAAAGACGUUGAAGUCAAUGACUUGAGAAAUCGUUACACACUGACCAAAGGCUCUACGCAAAAGAUGAUCAAAGAAGAAACUGGCGCCGGAAAAUGCUCAUGUUUGGAAGAUGUCACGACUCGAGGAUCCUACUACCCUGACAAGAGCAUGGCCACUGCAGCUAAUCCUCCACUAUACCUUCACGUCACCUCCACAAGCAAAGAAGGCCUCGAGAAAGCUGUCGAGAAGAUCGAAGAGCUCAUGCAGCAGGAGUUACCAAACUUGGUCGAUGAAAGGCGGUUUAGAAAACGGGAACCUGAUUACGAGCGAGAUGAGCUGGGAAGACGCAAAUGGCCCGAAGCCAAAAUUCUUAUCGAUAUGGAGAACAUCCCUGGUUUCAACUUACGAGCACAGGUCGUCGGUCAGGGCGGUGCAUACGUGAAGCAUAUUCAGUCCGAAACUCGUUGCAGAGUCCAGAUCAAGGGCAAGAAUUCAGGCUUCAUGGAACAUAGUACUGGCCAAGAAUCUGACGAACCUAUGUACCUGCACGUAGCGAGUCCGGACCAGGAGCAAGUCGACAAGGCAAAGAAGCUCUGCGAAGACCUCCUAGCCUCUGUGCGACAGAACUACGAGCAUUUCAAAGCGAACCCUCCCCCAGCACGAAUGGAAUCCUACACAGAUGGCUAUGGCGCGGACGCGAAUCGAGGCUCAUAUGGUGGCGGUGGCUAUGGCCGAAGGGAGGAUAGACGCCACGACUCUUACGCCUCCAACAAUCACUCGAGUUAUAGCCAGAACGGCAACUAUGCUGGCACUCCCACAACACCUACUCCUGCUGCCUCACAAGAACCGUCUGCCACUCAAUCUUAUCAGGAUCAGUGGGCAGCAUACUACGCGAGCAACCCUCAAGCAGAUCCGUACGCUGCAUAUGGUGGCUAUCAGGCUUACAUGCAAUACUACUAUUCCUACUACCAACAACAAGGUAUCGACCCUAGCCAAGCCCAGGGAGGAACUCCGCAGCCACCACAAGAUCAUACAGGAGCACCUCCUCCACCUCCUGCCAAUAACGGGUACGACCCCACCAAUCCAGCAGGCUAUCCGGGUGCUCAACAGCCCGGUGGCUACAACGCUGUACCUCCUCCACCUGGGAUGUAG